UUUUAUCAGUGUCACGACGUCGAUUUGUUGACGAACUGUUUCGAUUUUUUAAAGUAUUUUUGAUUAAAUAGAAUUAAUUAGAAUACUCGUGCUACGAAAUCUCGUAUAUUGCUACUACAAACUAAAAAUGAUAUAUAAUUGAAUACAUAAUUUACAUUUAGUACAAUAAAGCAGCCAAUGUUUUUAAUUCAAGAUGUAUUUUCCUAUCGGAUGGCCCAAAGUUCUGAAGAAUCUAGGUGCAGAUAAUCAAAUUAUCAAACAGAUCGUUUCUAAUAGAGACAAAAUAUUAUUUGCAUCACUUAGUGAUGACUGUCUCAUGGUGUGGUUUUGCAAGCCCACUGUUCCUAUAGUGUACCACAAACGGAGUGCUGAAUCUCUCCAGAGGCUUGGUGUGAAUGUCGGAGUAGAAUGGAAACCAGAUUCUUCAAUGAUAUGUAUUUCUACUUCAGAAGGACAUCUAAUUCUGUAUAAUGUGGAGGGGUUAACGGAGCAAACUGCAUAUCAGCAAUAUGACCCGCCCACGGCUAGUUUGCGUCGGGAUUCCGCCGAGCUCUUUGUUAAAGAAGUUAUACCAUCGCUUAAAAUUAAAUUGUUCAAAGAAGUUCUAGUGUGGGACGGUCAAAUCACGCGCAUGUGCUGUAUAUCCGGCACGGAACUGUUGGUAUGCACGACGCGUGCGCAUCUACUGCGGUACCGCUGGGACGGCGUGCAGAAUCGGGACUACUGUCUUGACCUGGGACGCAUACCCUUCUCUAUCAACCAGCAGGUGUCUAAAGCGGAACCAAUCCUCGAAGACAACACACACGUAAACGACAUUGAAUACUCUCCACUGGUGUGUGGUUUUGGCAUAACGCUCAACGACGGGCGCGCGGCGUAUCUCACCGCGCCGAAUCUCAAGUUUGACCCCAAUGCAGUCCAAGGCAUAUGGGCGCAAGGAAUUGAUGACGCGACGUGUGCUCGAGUUAACCACAAAUUCAGGCUAAUUGCUAUUGGUAGAAAAAAUUCCCAAGUGGACGUGUUCACGAUAGAUGAAGCGACCGGCGGCUUGGAACUAUCACACACAAUGCUGCUAAGUUCAAAAGAUUUCCCCGGGGAUCCGGGGCCCGUGAAGUGUGUAAGAUGGACGGCUGACGGGCGCGCGGUAGCAGUAAGCUGGGAGCGCGGCGGCGUGUCAGUUUGGAGCACAUUCGGAGCGCUACUUAUGUGUUCUCUGGCCUGGGACCACGGCCUCAGUCAGGACCGAGGCCGCCACAACCCGCUCGUCGUGUCUAGCCUGGAAUGGGCUACAGAAGGCUAUCAGCUCUGGAUGGUGAAGGUGGAAGGAGACUCAAGUUCAAACAUUUUGCAAUUAGACUUCGUCAAAAGUCCACUUAGUGUAAAUCCCUGUAUGAGCAAUCAAAGGCAUCUAUACCUGCAAGCUGACGACAAAUUGUACGUUAAUUUAGAAGACAAUCUGACAAGGAAGACGAAAUUGUCCAUCAUAGACUCCUCAUCAGACACGUACCAAGCCGAGAACGGAAUCCAGGACAACAUGGAAUUUGACAAUAGCACAAAGUACAGGGAGUUUGUGGACGAUAAUGAAUGCAGGAAACAGUGGAUUGUGCUACCACUGCCUGCCACGUAUAUUGCUACAAAUUGGCCGCUAAGGUACAGUGCAAUAGAUGAAGCUGGCAGCAACGUAUGCGUGGCGGGGCGUACCGGCUUAGCGCACUAUAGCUGUGCGGCGCGGCGCUGGAAACUGUUCGGGAAUGAAGCCCAGGAGAAGGACUUCGUCGUCACCGGCGGCAUGCUCUGGUACCGCGCCUACUGCGUCGUGGGUUGUUACAGCAUAUUAGACGGGCAUGACGAAAUCCGCUUCUACCCGCGAGACGCGAAGUUAGACAACAAAUUCGCGCGCAUCGUGCGCGUGCAAUCGCAGGUUUUCGUGCUGGAUAUACUGCACGACCAGCUCGUCGUGUUCGGGGCUGAUGCACUCGUCACUAUUUAUGAGCUCACGUGUUUGGAUAAUGCCGGCGGCAUCGACAUGCGCUGCGUGCAAGCGGUGGACAUCUCGGCGCUGUCGCACCCCGCGUGCGUGGUGUCGGCGUCGCUGUGCCGGCUGCAGGACUCGCCGCACUCGCGCCUGCAGCACCGCGCCUCGCAGCCCGCGCCGCCCGUGCCCACGCCCGACUCGCUGGUAAUAAACGCCAGCGGCAAACUCAUGAUGGUGCAGAGAGAAGAGUAUGACGUAGAUGAAGACAACAAUCCGGCAUACAGCUGCCUUCCUGCAACGGUGCUAGCGUCAUGCGUCGAAAGCGUCUGGGCUAGCGGUGGGGCCUCCACCUCCCAAACGCAGCUGUCCCGAGCCCUAUGGCUGUGGUGUGGAGCCCUAGGGGCUCGCGUGUGGCUUCCGCUGCUGCCUCGAGACGCCUCGCGGCACCCCGACUCGUCGCGACACACAUUCAUGGCCAAACGGAUCAUGCUGCCCUUCCAUCUAGAUAUCUACCCAUUGACAAUUCUCUUCGACGACGCGAUCCUGCUGGGCGUUGAGAAUGACACCACGUUAUACGCAUCUGACUCGAACUCUGUGUUCUCGUUACCGUUCUGUGUAGUUAAUAGAACAAGUCAAGUAUACCUUCACCAAAUCCUCCGUCAACUCCUACGACGGAACCUGGGUUACCACGCGUGGGAGAUCGCUCGCUCUUGCGCCGCGCUGCCAUACUUCCCUCACUCUUUGGAGUUACUACUGCAUGAAGUGUUGGAAGAGGAAGCCACGAGCAAGGAACCCAUACCAGACGCGCAGCUUCCGAGCGUCAUCGAGUUUGUGCAUGAGUUCCCCGUGUAUCUACAGACAGUGGUGCAGUGCGCUCGCAAAACAGAAAUAGCUCUCUGGGCCUACUUGUUCUCAGCGGCCGGUAAGCCCAAAGAGUUAUUCCAGGAGUGCCUUCAGAGGAAGAUGCUGGAUACGGCUGCCUCGUACCUCAUCAUUUUACAGAAUCUGGAAAGUUCGACCGUCAGCCGGCAGUUGGCCACGCAGCUUCUCGACACGGCCCUGCAGCAAGAGCGGUGGGAUCUCGCCAGAGACCUAGUGCGUUUUCUAAGGGCUAUAGAUCCGAAUGAUGUGGAUUCGCCACGGAAUUCCGUCAAUGUCCAGGCAAAAUAUGGUCAGAUUGCGCAGUCACAGACUGUCACUCCGAAUGCUGAGGAUCUCUCUGUCAUUCUUGGCAGCAUGCAGCUAUCGGGCGGUCGCGGGCGCAGCUUCAGCACGACGGUGGCGCCGCGCGAGCCAUCGCCGCCGGCGCCGGCGCAGCCAACGGCGCCGCCUGCGCCUGUGCCGCCGCCGGCGCGCGCCACCGCCGCCGUCAAGCGGAAAAAGUCCGUGCCCGCACGCUCCGACCGAGAAAGUUACAGCGGUACCGCAGAAGAGUUUUUCAUAGACAUGAUGAUCCAGAGACACGCUAGAGUGCUUCUCUCUUCUGCCCGACUACACGCCUUAGGCCGUCUGGCCGCGUCCUUAGAUUUACACUUAGUGGCGUGGUUAGCGGGAGAGAGAGAAAGGGCGGCGAGAGUGGAAAACGCCGUGCUGUGUAUAAAGAGGCUGCACGAAGACUUUGCGUGGCCCUACCCUGUGGUGCCUCAUGAUGCUGAUCCGUAUAUGCAGAGGAAAGGAAGCACUGUUACGAGUUCGUACAGUGCCUCAGCUGAGUCAGACAGCGUAUGUGGUGACAGUGGCUACGUUAGCCUUCAGUUACGCGCCGCUCCUCCACUUUCGCCUGGCCCUGUCAGUUCUGUCGGGGAGUGCAGCGUGGCGGAAGGAGGCGUGGCAUGGGACGGCGACGCGGGCGGCUCAGAGCGGCGCUACGCGGCGCUCAUGGAGAAGCUGCACCACCACCAGGCUGAGCGAGGCUCGCACACUGCUCAUGUGCAGCUCAGAUACUUCCUGCAGCUGAUGACGGAGGCGAGCUGCGUGGAGUGGGCGGCGCUGGUGGCGGUGGUGCUGCGCGACGCGCUGGCCGUGCUGCGCUGCUGCAACGCGGCGCGCGCGCACGACGUCGGCCUGCCCGCCGUGCGCCGCCUGCGCGACGCGCUGCGCGACCUCGUGGCCUGGACCGACGCCGAGUGCCUGGGCUACAAGCCUUUCAUGCUGGCCAUCAGCAACCAGAUCCCGUUCCUGACGUCGAUCAUCAACACGCGCGAGCGCCGAAUGUCGAUGUUAGCGCCUCGUGUGCGGACUCCUAGCACCGGCUCGCUCAAUGAGCCGCGUGCGCCGCCUGCGCAUCAACCACUGCCGCCGCCGCAGAAGGCGCAUGAGGUAUCAAAGCAGACACUGAGGAAGGAAUCUCCUGCGGUCCAAGAACCAGCGCCAGUUGUUAACCCGCCGCCGCGGCCCGCCCCGGCCGCUCGAGACGACGUGUCCUCCGGGUGUACCAUAGCGUAAACACGUAGCCAAUUCAUAAGGACGAGGUUUUACAAGUUGAUGUAGUGACCAAAAAAAGAUACAUUUGUAUCAAGUUUGAGGUGUCCCUCUAUGUUUUAUAAUAAUAAACUUUUACAGACAGUAAACACUUAAAAAACUGACAAUCCUACCUUGGAAAUUAAAGGUAAUAAUUUCAAAUUUUCAAAAGGACAGUUACAGAUAGGUAAAUCAAUUGCGAAAGAACACAUUUUAUGAAUGGUUGCUUUACUAAGAGUAUAGCAAUAGCAUUAUGAAACCAAUAUCGUCAAACGAUGUAUCGAUAACGAUCGGCUGUGGCGGCUCGCGGAGAGCCAAUGUGAAGA